UGUACAUUAGCGUCAGGGCUGCUUCCACACAAACACACCACAACUUAAAUAAAGAUCCGCCAGCUUGUUGUUUUUCUUGAUGUUGGUCACAGGCUGAAGAGAGAGGGGGGGAAAACUGAAAUUCUCUCAGGUGAUCCACCAUUCAUGAAAUAACUUUGGCUUUACCCGCGUUGUGAGUUUCACCACUUCCCCACCCCCCAGUGGGACUCCAGGUGCUUAACCUCCCUCCUGCCAGUUCUGCAUGGUCAUGACCUGUCAUCACGCCCCUUCCACAGCCCACUUCAUCCUAUUGGUCUUGCUCAUUGUCACUCCACAGCUGGCUGGCACCGCCCCUGCGUGGGGUGAGGGAAGGGAGGGAGGGGUGGAGGGGCGCACCCGGACAGACCUUAAAGAGGACAACCUCGCCCCCUUCCUCUCGCCCCCACCUAAGACUCUCUCCAGCCCUGACGUGUUGCUAGACCAGGGCCGGGGCCCAGGUCAAGAUAACCUAUCAGAUAAAUUGCCGGAUCCUGCGCAGGUGCUCGCUGUUCUUUUGGAGGCCCUGGAACACCCGGGAGGGAGUGAAAUUCUGGCAAGCAGAGACAGAGACUGGGAAGAGGAUCAGAGUCAGGAGCUGCCCUCCAUUGAAGGCUUGGAAGGUGGUGAGAUAAGGAGAACAGGGCAGACAGAGGGGGAGAGGGGGGUGGAGGAAGAGGAGGGGCGAAGGGCUGAUAAGGCUAUUGAACAGCUAAUUGUAGGCCAUUUGACAGCUGCUCAGGGUGAUGAAAUAAAAGAAAGGGAUGAGGAAGAUAAAAACACAAGGUCAGAGGAGGAUCAAAGGUGGUCCAUGGAGGAUGUAGGAGCUGAUAGUGUAAAUGAGGAGGAAGGGAAAGAAGAAGAUGAGGGACAGGAGGAGGGAAAUUAUUUAGAAAGUUUCCUAAACAAGGCAAGACCAAGUUCGGCCUCACAGGGAGAUGAUUCCUCUCUGCAGCGCAAAAUAAGAGGCUACUUCCAAAACAUUGACUUGGGUCUCCAAGAUAAUGAGAUCCUGCCUCCUCUGAAGGGCUACAAGGCAUACAAUACUCAGCUAGCACGAGCUGGAAAGAAGCUGCAUUGGGAGGACAACCAGUCCCGCAACCGACCCAUGAAGGGGGGUAACUUCAUGGACGACUUUGAGGAUGAAGGUGAGGAGCUGGAGGAGGAGGUUGAAGAAGAAGAAGAGAGCCUCUCCCACAUGGAAGAGGAGGCGAGAGCACGCGCAGAGAAACAGGAGGUGCUCCGGCAGCAGGAGGAGGCGGAGCGAGCCAGAGAGGAGGAGCAGAGGCUGGCUGACAUCGCCUCUGACAUGCUGCUGCAGUACAUGGGGAGGAAGCAGCAGUCCUACAUGAAGCCCCGGCAGAAAAGCAGCAUGGGAGUCGCCAGCAACACAGCUGAGGACAAGCGCUCCGAGGAGGUCAUCCCAGACGAAGACGACCUGGACCAGCAAAUGAUCGACAGACUGAUCGAGAUCAGCAGCAAGCUGCACCUGCCUGCUGAUGAUGUGAUUGAGAUUAUUAGUGACGUGGAAGAGAAGAAGAAGAAAAGGAAAGAGUUGCAACAGCUGCCCACUAACAUCAACCCUGUAGCCCCGCGUUUCAGACCUCUGGUACCUCCUCCUCUGGUUGCUCCGCCUAUCUACCACUACACAGCCUCAAAAAACCCCAAGAAAGCCCCUUAUAGGUACAACAAGUCCAACAAGAAAUGGCACAAGGACAAAAUCAAGUCAUACAAGCAGGACUAUUGGUAUAAGCCUCAGAAGCAGCUUGACUACUGGUAUAAACCCCAGAAACAAUUUUUAGCCUUCCCGUCCUAUCCAUACUACCAGAAGCCAUAUCGAGCAUACUACCCUGUUUAUUUCCCAUAUCCCAAAGCACAAUAUUAUGGCAAGCCCUCCCCCUCCAGAGACCAGCCGUUCGGCCCCCAGGAACUUGACCUACAGCCCCCAAGGCGCAGGCACAGGGCUGGAGGUAAAAACCGUGGUCAGGGCUGGAGGCAACAGCCAGCGCCACGCCUGCCUCUCAACCCUUAUAUCUCUAACUAUAUCCUUCCUCACCCACGGACCUACCAACCCCUACCUCCGCCCAAACCAAUAACCGCGCCCAGGAGAGGCAGGCGACCCCCGUACUUCUAUCAACAAGUCACACCGGGAGAUGACUAUGAAGAAGAUGGCCUGGUGCCUCAGCUGGACAGUGAGGAAGAACUGGAAAACUUUAUUGAGAGGAUCUACAUGAAACGCAGAAUGUAUUGAGUUUACUUUUUGGACAUUUGUCAGAUCAGAAGGACUGACAAAAGUGGGAUAGAUAUACAGUAGCUGGAGAAAAGCUCAGAAAAAAAGACUCAGAAGAGAUGUGUUUUGAGCCUGUUGGAAAUUUAAGGGUCAAGAAAUAAAAAGUUAGAUUUAUGUUGUUUUAAUCACUGUAUUUUUUGUUGAUUUUCUCGGUCAGGGAGAAGAUGAAGGGUUCCCAGUUUAAGCUCCCUAUAACCAUGUUCAGCCUCUUGCUCAGUUUACAUUUUGAAACAGAACAUACCAUGGUGUAUGUCUGCCUCCAUUCAGGUCAAUCUCUGAUGCUCUUGCAUUAUACAGAGUUUUCUAGAGGACACACACACACACACACACACACACACACACACACACACACACACACACACACACACACACACACACACACACACACACACACACACACACACACCUGCAUCAACACAUUUUUGACACAUUCACAAGCAGAUGUGGCCAUUGCAAGAGAACCAUGUUUACAACAUCACUUUGUAUCUUUUGUUUUAUAUUCUGUACGUCAUAUUACAAAACUAAAGUAGUUCAAUGACUUCUACGAAUAUAAAAAAACAGAACACUGCUAUUGUCAAAUGUUCAAUGACUAUGAGUAUAUUUUUGCUUUUUUUGUUGUAUUUGAUGUGUGUAGUUGCCUUUCUUAUACCCAAUUGGAUCACCUUUAAAAAGCUGCAAUUUGCAAAGGUGGCAAAUACACACAUUUCAGUUUUUCAAACUCAAGGUUUUAGAUUUUUGCCUUACAAGCAGCAUGGUUCUAUAAGGGAAAUAUCAUAUUGCAUAGUGUUAUGCUCACAACCGGUCCAAAUGUAGAAACCCUGUGGACUCCAAAAGCACAAACUUAAAUACUUAACACUUCCAACCUGGUGGACGAAGGGUUUUCAAUCAUUUUGGGAUCCAGAGGUUAUUGUGUCAACAUAUUUAUGGCAAAUCCACCAUAAUUACCAUCAACGCCACCACUCCUUGACCUUGUAGGAGUCCUUCAUUUUUUCCAAAUGUUCUCUCAUUGUUCAUCUUUAACUCCAAUCUAUUAUUUCUUUCCACACAUUGUUAUUUUGUUAUUUUUCUGGCAUCAUCCAUUAUCUUUAUUUUUCCUUUCUUUAAAAAAAAUACUUGAAAUCACAUUAUCUGUUCUGCAGCCUUUUCAAACAGAUUUCCACUAAGAGGCUACAAAGAUUUUGUUCAUUUUCAGAAGAAAUUCAUUGAAAAGUUUCAGGCCGGGGAGUCAGGGAUUGUGCUUAAACCAUUAAAUGCACGUCUUUCUACUUGCAUCUUAAAAAAUGAACAAAAAAAUAGAACAAAAAAAAGUGAAAAAAUAAAACAGUAUGGGAAAUGUUUUCUCUGACUAAAUUGUGAACAUAAAAAAAGAAAUCUCAAAGGAGGAGGGCCACUGUGUCCACAGUGAAGCCAUCUGUCUUGUAAAAGGAGAGUGUUGUUGUUGAUGUCACCUUUAGCAUUGUAAGAUGUACAGUGUGAAAUAAAUAUGCCCGUGCAAUGUGUAAAUAACAGCAUGAUGAUUACUAGUUUUGCUAUAUGAUAAAAAAUAAAAGCAAUUAUUUUAUUAAAGUUCAGUUUUUUAAUGGC